GCAGCUUGUGUCAACUAUGACUUAAGAAAAGGUUGUACGAAGAUCUUCGACCCCGUCUGUGGCACGGACAACCUCCUAUACGGCAAUGAGUGUCUGUUGUGCUUUCAGAACCUGCAAAGAAAGACUAACGUGCGCAUAAAGAACAGGGGAAUGUGCCAAAAGCCCUCUCCACGCUCUGACUCCGCUCAAAACUAA